GUGUCCUCCCAUCCCCUGCCUUCAAUCCAGUGCUAUACACAGCACAACAACAGCCUUUAUUCAUGGGCUCUCUCAGAGAAGAAAUGAUUCGGCAACAACUCAAGCAAGAGGAAUUUGCCAAACCUGGCUUGCCCCGACCAGAAGACCUGCUGACCUCUCAGGCUAAAAAUAGCAUUAUGCAUCUCAUCGGCCAGAAGCACCUGCUGGCGCCUAAAAACGUCUGUGAUUCCAAAACACCUGUCCUCCAUCUGUCAGCCACACAGGGAGGGGAAGAGGAGGAAGUGGUGGUGAUGGUGGGUCGGCUUAUGCCGGAGUCUGCCAUGCUGCCCACGCCAGGCCAAGAGGGCCCUGCCACCCAAAGGGACUCCUUGCUCCUGGUCAGGUCCAGGUCUCCCCUGCCUGGCUCGUCCCAGGAGAAGGAGGUAAAGAACCUGCCCCCGCGGCGGCCUCUGAAGCUGGCACCUCUGGAGCUGCCCAGGGAGGUACAGAAGGCACAGAGACAGAAGAUUAAGGCCAAGGCUGCUGCCCAUAAGCUGGACACGACGGUGGGCGACCAACCCUGCUCCAGGAAGGUGAAGGACUGUGUGGUGAGAGGAGAGGGACUAGGACCGGUUAAAGGUACGGCAGAGUGUGUCUCCACCCCAGCCCCACAUCCCUUACCUCUGAAUGAAACAGCACCCAGGGUCCAGCGACAUCAGAAGGUUAGGAGAGCGCAGCUAGCCCGUGCCAACCAAAUCCAGAGACAGACCGGAGACAGGCUCUCGGAAGAUGCUGGUAUUAACGUUAACGGCCCUCCUCCUCCCCCUAUCAGCAAACCAGCCUCUCCCUCUUCCUCUCUCCCCACCAGCGCCAAAGCUCAGGCCCAGCAGGUGGUAGCACCACAUGGCGAGGAGAGCUCAUGCCAAGUAGCCGGAACAUUCCAGCAGGAUACCGGUGGGAGGAGGCUGCGUCUCAGGAGGGCAGAGCACCUCGAAGAGGAUCAGAGCAAAUCUAACAUGUCAACAGUAGGAUUACCUGGGGAAGAGGCCAAGCUGGCCCAAGAUGUCCAGCAAGGAAAAGCCCUGAGGGCAGAGAAUACAGAGGAGGUUCUGAGAAAGCCCUGAAGCAGGCCAGUCACAUACUGGAGAAGGCUUCCAGGAAGAACGCCAGGCCGGAAUCACCGGAGAAUCCGCUGAAAGUGUCCGGAAAGGUCAUCCGGAGAACAGCAGAGAGAAAUCGCCAGGACGCUGUCCUUUGACCUCUGAACCCUGAUCUUUGACCUCUUAACCCCUGAUCCCUUUGAGCAGACCAGGACGUAGCGAAAACAGACUUGACAUUGUUAAGUCAUGUGUUUACAUGUGCUUAUCACCUGGAGAUUAGGAUAGAAAAGCCCCUGCAUCUUACUUCACACAGCAUCUGCUAUUCAAAGCAACAAGCCAGUUACAAUGCCAAGUUCCCUGGCAGGCAGUAUAUACAGUAUACUGUACAGAGGAUAAAUAUAGAAGUAUAUUAUGGACCAAAAACAUAUUUAUUUAUUUAUUAUUUUAUAAAAAGAUGAUGCUCGUAAUACAUUACAUUUAACCAUUGUAGAUAUCCUGACAUAGGCUAUUCAAUGUCCUAUUUUGGAUUAAAUAUGUCUGCACAUGCAGGUGACAUAAUCAUAUUUGAGCGUCCCAGUAGCUUGGUAAAGCUAUGCGAAACUGACCUGCAUUCAGGGACUAUUAUCAAGGUCUCAUCAGAUGGAUACAUUGGCUUCAUCUAUGACCACUGUUAACAGCUCCAUCUAGUCCAAACAAUGGCAUCGAUUAGCAACAGAGCUCACAAACAGAGUCGCAGCAGUAAUCGUAUGUUAAGAUUGGAAACAGCAAAUAAAGAGAUUUGAAAUAUGCCUUCUUUUCUGAAACAGCCACCCCUCACUUUGGGUACUGUGUAUUUAGGCCUUCAGUUCAUUCUAUCAUCUUUCUGCACCUUAGCUACUUCGUCAGAUUCCUGUAGUACAUGCAAUCUCAGAAGAAUGUCUUUAAUCAAUGUUUUUCCUCCAAUCAGCAUGCAUUACAGCUCUAUGUGUGUUUGGUAACAGAACAACCGCCAUCCCUCACUGUAACAAGUGAAACACUCACAGAGACGAUGUUACUCUAGUCUAGACAUCCACUUUUUGAGUUAUUCCCUAAAUCUGGAUGUAGACAUUCCAGACAGUAGUUAUGGGAAUGUGAUUUAGGUAAUGUAAUGUAUGUUUAUCAUAGAGAACAGAAGUCUCCUGAAACAUAUGUGAGACUUCAAGUACACUUGUUUUCGCAGGUAUGUCAAAAUGAACUGACAGUGAGAAAACACAUGCAAAACCACAUCACAACCAUUCUACAUCCGAGCAAGUGAGUCGUAUUAGGCAAGUCUCUCAUUGACAGACUUGCAACACAAGAGGCUUCUAACACACUACUUUCUGCCUUGAGUCCCGCUGCAUUCUGACAGUGAAUUCAUAAAUUGGUUGAAUAUAUAUGUGAACCCUGCGGGAAUUGAACCUACGACCAAAACCCUCAAUGAGUCAGUCUGACACCAGUAGCACAGCAAUAGUCAUCUGCCCCAGACCAUGAGCCAACCACCAGACUUCCUGACCGUUUCACACCACGUAGUUAGGCUGGCCUAUACUCACUUCCCCUGAUUGACUGACUGCAAAGUUAAUCACAAAUAGGAUCUCAGAAUGUAUAGCCAUUAUGUCCAAUGUAUGUAUUUGUCAAUGACGUACAAUAAUAAUCAUUUUGGUUGGAUGCUUAUAUUUGUCCUUUAUUAUACGCAUGUGUGAAUCGUAACAUUAUUAUUUUAUAUAUUUUUUUACAUAUCUCAUCUCCCCCUGAGCAAACACACAACCAGGACAAAACGUUGUUUUAACGUUGACUCUGUUGUGUACUUUAAUACACUUACCAGUAUCAAUCACUUUCCAGUUCAAACAAGGCACCUCAACCUGAGAGACGUGUAAAGCACAGAGGGGACCGACUGGGGGAGGGAGAGGAGUUCUGAAAGCUAUUGGGGAAAGGGAGACAUGCCAUUCUGACAGUAUAUCUGGCAACUUCACUAAGAGAGAGAGGGAAAGAGAGAAACCAAAACACUGGAGAACAAGACCACUGUUUCCCCUUUCUUUCCCCCUCCUGCAGGGAACAUGGCUGACAAGUAAACAUUACUUCUCAAUGUGGUUAACAGACAUUUUCCUAUGUUGUUUUAAAUAAUUUAGCACUUUUCAGAAUGUAAAAUUGCUGUCCAAUUCUACUACAUAAGAGACAGAUUAGCACAAGCACAAGGAGGAGCACAAGACACAUAAAGCUUCAAGCACAUGCUAAUCAUUUUCCUGACUCAAAUACACCCUCACCACCAUACAGCAAGUUCCCUGCUAGAGUAGACCCAUCCCACCACGGCCACCACGCGCCCAUCACCACAGCUGCACCUAGGGCAGCUCUUUUGUGGCUAUAUCUGAGGCAGGGUUUUGGCUGAAGGGUUGGAGUGGAUGGACAGAGGAGGCGGGGUGGCUGAGAGAGAAGCUGUGUGCAUUCUGUUUCUGAGGGCAGCAACACUUCAGAUGGGCGCAGCUCCGGCAGCCAUAAAGAAGAAAAAAAAGAGACUAAAAUAUAUCCAGAAAGUUGGUCUAUAAUUGGCCAGGCCUGUCAGGGUUGUUUUUAUGCCUGUGAGCUGAACAGCUAGCUAGAGCAGUACAAGCCACCUCAUCCACUAGUGAAACCCUACACUUUCAACUUCAGUCAGUUCCUCCCUCUCUAUCCACCCAUCCAAGAGGUUGUAGCAGAUGCUCACCUCACUUUGGACUUUUUAUCAACACUUGGAUUGACAUCGUGGUGGAUUUUAGGAUUACAUUUCUUCACACCUGUAAAGGAAGUCAUUUGGGGGAUUCACCGUUGGAUAGGGGAUGGUGCCUUAAUGCUGAGCUAACGAACAAGUGAGAACUGGAGGAUAGGAGCCACACAGAGCGAGAGAGAGACCUCCAGUGAAACUAAGUGAUCUGCAAUACAGGUAGGAGUAGGUCUUUCCUGCAGUCAAAUGACCUAUUGGCCUCAUGGGUGGAAUGUUGUUAAGAUUUUCUUAAUAAACAGGGUUUUUUUAACACCGAAAAUCCAGUGUUUCUAUGUCAAAAAGUUUGUUAUAUUUCUGUCUUCUGUGAUAUAAAGUGUAAUAAUGGGACGCAAACUCAAAAUGUAAUACAUUUAAACUCUGUACCUGACGUUAAGUCCAUAUUCAUGUGUGUGAUGUAUACUUUUACUUCAAAAUAGAUUUGUUUAAGACUCCCAAGAAACACUCUGUGUGACCCUAAUGUAGCCCACUGCAGUAAGAAGUUUAAUCAAUCUGUCCCAUUAAAAUUGUUUUAUUUCUGGCUA